AUGAGUGCUAGUGUUGGAGACAAUGUUUCAGAAAGAGAAGUGAUUGAAUUUUCAGAAGAUGAUCAUUUAAGUUUCUUUUAUAAUAUUGAUCAAGUAAAAUGAUUAUAAAUAUAUUAUAGAUAUAUACUGAAUUACCAGGAGUUAUAUCUAAUUAUGGAACCUUUAUAUAAUCCUUAUUAAUUUGUAGACAAUUGAGUAAUUAGAUUAUUAAGAAUUCAAUUUCAGAAGCAUAAGAGAGAGUAUAUAUAGAAUAUUUACAUAAAUCAGUUCAUUUAAAGAAAUAUUCCAAUUAACACAAUUAAUGAGUUGUAGGCUCAAACUAAUUUAAUAUUGAAUAGCAAUUUAAAUGAUGGAGGUAUUGAAGUUGAAACUUGUCAAUUAGAAGAAGAUUAGGAACCAGUAAUAAACAACGUUUAAUUUAGGAACCAAUCUUUAGUGAUAGAUGGAGAAGAAAUAGAGUGUUAAUGAUGGCAGGUUUAUUAAUAUAACUUAUUUUUAUAGAAGUAGAAACUUAAGAUAAAAUUGAUAUUGAAGACUAAUUAAAUAAUGAUAAGAACAAAUCUAUUUCUAAAUCAAAAUUAUUUGAUACUAGAAAAAAUACAGUUAGACUUCCUACUACACCACCUCCUCCAAAUUAAUUUGAGGCUAAAUUAAUCUAUGUAUAUUAAGAAGAGUUUGAGGAUGAGUAUGAAGAUAAACUUAGAAAUGCUAAAUUAUAUGAAAUGAAAAAAAAGAAUGAAAUUGAAUAAAAAAAGAAAGAAGAUAAAUUAUAAAGUUAAGUAAGAGAAUUAAUAAUACAAGUAGAUAGAAAAAAAGGAUGGAGCCAUUUAGAAAUAUACUUAUGAUUUUGAUGGGAAGAUUAUAUUGGCUAGAGCAAUCAAAAUGGAUAAAUUAUAACCAACUAAUUAAAAAUUGAAAGUUGAGUUAAAAGAGUAAACUAAAUAAGAACAAUAACGAAAUGUUAAGAAAAUUGGAAGAAGAGAUUCUACUAAAGUUAAUAAACCGUAAUGUCCAGAAUAGGAUAUACCAAAUAGAGUACUUUAUUAACAUAUAAGGUUAUAUAAGAAAGGAGGGAUGCUGCAAAAGAAGUAAUUGGAGAUAAAGCAUUAAGAGUGGAUAAGACUUCUUAAUUUCCUUAUGAAGUAUUUACAAUGAAUAAUGGAGUAAAAUUAUAUUUUGAACAAAAAAUGAAAGAAGGGGUAAGACAUUAAAUUAGUGAUUCAGCUGAAAAUUUAUAAAUUAAAUUAUCUGGUUCUAAUUUACUAUCUGGAGAAGAUGCAUCAUAAUUUGCAUCAUAAAUUAGAUUAACUAAGGCUGAAUACUAAUUAAUAACAGAUAAUUAAAUUUUACAAUAAGCUAGAUAAUAAUUCAUGCCUUCUGAAAAUAUUAAUAUUCCUGAUCAUGACUAAUAAGUUACUCAAUAAUCCAUUUUAUUAAAAAAAAAUAAAGCAAUUCUAAAUAAUACUAAUCAUCCUACAGAAUCUAAAUAAGUCUAAUUUAAUGCUGGGAUAUCUUAAUUAAAUCCAUAUAAAAGAGAUAGUCCUAUUUAAUAAUAUGCCUAGACAGAAAGAAUCUAACUUAAAAAUGUUAAAAUGAUUGAAAAUCUUUUAGUCACUGGAGUUCCAGAUACACCUAAAUCAUCAAAAGUUGAUUAACCUUAAAUAUAAAUACCAAAUAACACAUCUAAGUAUUAUUUUAAAAUUUAAUUAAGUAAUCCUAUUGAUCUCUUCAAUUAAUAAUUAUUAACUCAAAAAGAAUAAGGUAAGUAAGGUGGAGGUAAAACAGCUUAUUUUCCUCCAGUGAAAUUGUCGAAAAGAUCAUUAGAAACUAAAGCAUAUAAAGGAUCCUUAGAAUAAUUGUAAUUGAAUUAAAAUUAAAUAGAUAUAAAAUGCCAAGAGAAAGAUUAGUUGCUUAAACUGGUAGGACUGCUACGAACUUUUAUAAAUAAAAUUCAGAUGGUAUAUAUAUAUUCUUAUAAUUUCAGGAACAAAGAAAAAUAGUAAAUCUGUAAGUGAUGGAUUUAUGUAAACAUUUUAUACAACUCACACAAAAUUUAGUGAAAGACUAAGAUAAUGA